UAUUCACACACAAAGCGAUUUCACAUUUUUUGAUUUAGCUCCAUUCUUUUUUUUCCACUUCAAGGCGCUGCUGAUAAUGUCUACAAAAAUAGAGAAAAAAGAAACCGACUAUGUAGAGAAAUACAACACACUCAAAUGCACUCCUUUCAAACCGACGUAAGAGCUUCAUUUUAUGCUACCAUCUUCACUCAGUUUAUAAUUCCUAAAUUUUAUCAACUUUUGACGACUUUUCUUUUUAUCUUGCCUAAUUUAUAACUCUUGACCUUUUAAAAUCGCCGGCGCAUUUGCAAAGCAAACACGUUCUAAUUUAUUCUAAUUCCUUAUUUUCCCUGGCUUGUUUUUUAAGCUAUGCUAUGCUCGAAAAGUCGCUUGGUUUUAUCUGGGUGUGUAUUCAAUUACCUACAUACCAUACACCACUACUAGGGGCAUAGCAGUUAUUUCACCAUUGGUUGGUGUUUUACCUAUAAAUGCCUUUUCAGUCUAUGAAUUGAACGUUAUGAGACUGAAAUUGCUAGCUUUUACCAUCUUUCUCUGAUUAAUGGUUCAAAACGAAUUAAUUCUUAUCUUCACGCCAUUUACUUUUCAUCUCUUAGUCAAAUUGAACUUUCAAUAGAAAAAGUCUCAUUUUGCUAAUUAAUUCCAUGCCAUUUAAAACUUCAGAAAAGCGUCCUUAGUGUUGCACACGUGAGCAGAAUAGUUUGAGUUGCCUAGAACGCAAUUAGCUUUUUGAAAAAUCUAUCCAAAUAACAAAAUAAGCUGCAAAACAGUGAACUAUGAAAAUGAACAGUAGUUUCAAUUAUUUGGAAGCACAAUCAAAUCUUUUCUUUUAUCUCUUAACCGUUUGCAAAACCACUAAUUUUUUCACUUGAUAUAUUCUUCAAGCACAAGGUGCAAGCAAUUAAGUCAAACUAAUUUUCAAAUUCUCAAAAAAAUUCACAAGUCAAGAACGUAAUUUGACUUGACUGCCUGAUCAAAGAACGAAUUUGUUGCCAGAGCCAUCAGAGCUCGCACUUUUUAGCCCUAUUCAAUUUCAAUUAUCUUGCAAUUCAUCUGCAGCCCUGCACACUUAUCUAGAUCUCCAACUCAAUUCUGAUCAAAAAUCGAGAUCUCCUAUUUCAAACGGACAUCUUACCAAUUAAUCUGCUGUCUAAUAUACGGUUCUAUCUUGAUGUCAAUUAACAACACGGGCAUUUUAUCAAUUAUCACGCACAAAAACAGCAAUUAUUUGCUCGAAUUGACAGGCAUAAAAAUGAUCAAUAUCAAUUUAUCUCCUUGGAACAACAUGUUUUAUGAUGUAUAGUCCUUCUCAGUUACUUCAGCCUCAUCAUGGUUCAAUGCAAAUGCACGCUCAAAAUUCUACAGCCGGGCUUAAUUUAAUCCCCCGAAACCUCCUUUCACAACCCCCAUUCACACAGCAACAACAGGUACACAGUAUGCUCCCAACUAACAACAUAAUAGGCCCUACUGUGCCUUAUAUGAACGGCAACAGUGCUUUUUCACCACCUAAUUUGAAUAUACUUCAACAACAGCAACACGCACAGCCCUUGGGACCAGCCGGCUUAGCAAGCGUAGUGCCCCACAGAAUCUCGCCCCACUAUUUGCAAUCAGCCCACCAAAUGACCGCUCAGCAGGCCCAGGGUUCAGUUAUAGUGUCCCCUACUCAAGUUCAACUGAAUCAUCAGGCCCAAUCAAGUCAGCCAAUGCUUACUGAUUACAGCGACCAGUUGAAUUGGCUCAAAAACGAACUCAAAAUAAAAGAGGCAAAAUUAGACGAAUGCCAAAUGAGCAUAAAGAGUUUCUGGAAUCCAGAACUGAAGAAAGAGAGAAUGGCCAGGAUGGGCGACAACGAAAAAUAUCAGCACUUGAAAGGAAACUACGACAAACUUCUCAACGAAACAGAUCGCAACUCAAUUAUUAUCCAGCAAUUACACGAAGAGUUGCAGAACCAGCGAAACUCGGUUUCUUUGACCGAGAACGACGGGCGAAUAACUGCUUUGAAAGUACAGUUAAGUCAAAAAGAAAACGAAGCGUUUCUGCUUCGAAAGACACUCGAAGAAAUGGAACUUCGCAUAGAGACUCAAAAGGAAACACUUGCAUCUAGAGAUCAGUCUAUUAAGAAGCUGCUAGAAAUUAUUCAAGAUAGAGGACUUGCGAAUAGCAUGGAAACGAACUUAGACUACAGCCAGACCAAAUUACGAAAUGUUGAACUUGAAUCGCAAAUGGGCGAAAUGUCCGCCAAGUUAAACUCGAAAGAAAAAGAGGUCAACAGCCUGAAAGCUGAUUUGCUACAUCACUUAGAAUCAUCAUCAGCAUCCAAUGCUGUAAAUCAGACAUCGUCGGGUGCAUAUAGCGCCUCGGCCGUAGAGCUGAAUGCGAAACUACAGUCUUACGAAGCGGUUAUCGAAAACAAAGAAGACUCGAUUAGAAACUUGCAACAUCGGGUCGACUUUUUAGAGGAAGAGAUUAAUAAAUACAGAAUUAGCAGUGGAAUUAAAAACAUGAGCAGCCUUGACAACUUCAGCAAAAGUCAAAUUUACGGGGAACAUUUACACUUCCUUAAAACGAAGGUAGAGCAACUUCGAACGGAUAUUUCCAGGAAGGACUCCGAACUAAUCACCGUUCAGACUAAACUCGACAUUCUCACCAAACAGAACAUGGAUUACACCAGUCAUAUUAACGUUCUGCGAGAAACUCUUUCGGCUAAAGAGCAGCAAAACACAUCGCUUAAAGCCGACUUAGAUGCGGCCAGAACACGAAUUCAGGAAAAACAAGUUCAGUUACAGAAGAAAUCUCAAGAUUUCGACCACUCCCAGUUGGAAAGAUCGAACUUCGAGCAAGAGCUCAGAGAUGUAGUUAGAAAUAAAGAAAAGAAGGUCAACCAGCUGGAGAGAAAAGUUUCCCAGUUAGAGGACCAAGUUCGAGAUCGGGAUGAUCGGAUUCAAUCGUUGUCGGCGAAGCAAUCUGUCGGUUCGGUGAGCCAUACCGAGUUAGUUGAGACACUUGAAAAGACGCUAGGAGAAAAAGAACAUCAGAUUGAGAGCAUGAAAGAACAACGCGAAAAAGACAUGAAAGAGCGCGUUGAAGAAGUGGACUUGUACUCGCGAAUCAGCAAAGAGCUGCAGGGUAAGAACGAGGAUCUGACGAAUCAAGUUUCCGACAAAGAAAGCCAAUUGGUCGACACUAAUGAGAGGGCUUCCAGUUUAAUGGUGGCUAAUAUGAAGAAGGACUCCCAGAUAAAGAUGUUGAGCAACAACUUAAUGCAGAAACAGGACGACCUGCUGGAGCUAGAGAAGAAAGUUCGCAAACUGAACGAGGAGAAAGUUUCACUGGUCAAGGAGAAACAAGACAUGCAUAAACAGAUAGAACAGCUCGAAGAACAGGUCAACCACUACAUAGACGAGCUGGCCAAAACUCAGAGCCAGUUGGACAAAAUGAGCGAAGUAGUGAGGCGGAGCGAACAGGAGAAGAAGGUGCAUGAGCGAAGAGUGAGUGAGUUAGAGGUCAAUCUUAACAGUGUGAAGGAGCGGUUAAGUGGGAUCAAAAGAAGCAAAGAUGACGAGAGGAUGUUCAAUGCGCAGCUCCUCAAUGAUGCUCGCAAACGUGAAGGUGAGGUAAUUCACGACGUGCAAGAAUUGCAGGAAAUGGUGACUGAGAAAGAGAGAAGAAUCAUAGAGUUGGAACAGGCACUGGGCGAGACUGCCAAGAUCACAGUUGCAAGAGAAGCUGCACUGGACCAGCACCACCUGGUCACUAACCAUGCACAACACAAGAUUGAGCAGUUGCAGUUUGACAACGAGGACAUGCAAAAAGCACUUAGCAUCAGCAACAAGAAACUAGCCGACUUGGCAUUCCAGAUCACUGAAAAGGAGGCGAAAAUCCAGCAACUGCAGAUGGAUCGGAAACGACAGAUCGAAGAAGUUUUGCAGAUGAGACAAGAUGUCAUUCUAGCCACUAUCAACGAGAAACAGGCCAACAUAAGUCUACUAGAGGCGGCUGGUAAUAUGAACCCCGUUGUCACCCGUGACUUGAAAAAACUUCACGAAGACAAACAAAAACUGUUACGUCAACUAAAUGACAUGAACGAAAAACGAGUGAAGAUGAUCCACGCACUAGAAAACAAGUUCAGCGGAAAAACCAAACCUCGAGGUCUCGAGGAAGACGGUGUUUGGGCCUAAACAGUUGGCUACAGUAAAUCAAAACUUAAGUCCUUAGCAAGCAAUUCACAUUAUAUUUAUGACAUUCUGCAGCUACUUAAUUUUCAGGUGAAAUUCAAAAUAUUCAAAAUGCAUUAUAUAUUUCUCAAAUAAAUUAUUUCUGAAUGUAUACUU